AUCAAUAAACCUUUGGCGACCGAAACCAUGUCUCCGGCGGCGGCGGCGGCAGCUGUGGCGGCGGCGGCGCCCUCUCCCUGGCCAAGAUGUCAAGUAUUAACCCGGAGGGGCAGAUCUGCCGCCGCUGCCGCCGCCACCGCUCUGAACUCCUCCCGGGCGCAUUAAGCUCGGGUUGCUGGCUGCGGGAUCCCGGCGCCCCUUGGCUGCUGCGCCGCUGGGGAGCUUUGCAAGCGGGUUCGCCGCCGCCGCCGCCGCUCCAGCCGGCGCCUGCAAGGUGCUGCUUGUGCUGGGGCUGUUGCUGCUUUUGCUGCUGCUGCUGCUGCUGCUGCUCUUGCGGGAGGCUCAUUCCAAGCGCGCAACUUGCAGCCUGGGAAGAGCAGCCGCCGCCGGCUGAGCGCGCCGCUGUCGCCGCCACCAUGCCGGCCAUCAAGAGGGAGCGCCCGGACCGGGAGGAGCUGGCGCUGGCCGCCUUUAACCAACCCAUGGAGACCUUGCCCGACUACCUGGUCCCCUUGGCGGCGGCCGCCAUCCCCGUGGUGACCCCGCACCCGCCUGCCUACGAGCAGAUCUUCGCCACCGCUGCGCACCAUCACCAUCACCACCAUCAGCAGCAGCGCGCUUACCUGGACUUCCACGCGGCGCCCCACGCCGCCGCCCACUCCCACCCGCACCCCCUCCCCGAGGACCUGAUGCUGGAACGUUUCUCAUCCAUCCCGGAUUUCCAGCCCUUCUUCGACAACGGCGAGCCUUGCAUCGAGGUGGAGUGCGGCGAGAACAAGGCGCUCCUCUACAUCAAUAAGUUGUGCCAGGGCAGCAAAGGACCCUCCAUUCGCUACCGGGGCGAGUGGCUCACUCCCAACGAGUUCCAGUUCGUCAGCGGCCGGGAGACCGCAAAGGACUGGAAGCGGAGCAUCCGGCACAAAGGGAAAAGUUUGAAGACUCUUAUGUCCAAAGGAAUCUUACAGAAUCGGGGUCGCCUUGCUGAGAAGAGGACCAUCCCCUUGCCUCCUACCAGAACCCCAAAGAAAGAGCUUCCCUCCAUUUUCUCACACAGUGACGACAGUGAGGAGAGCGACAAGGUCAACGGUCACCACCCUGAUGUCAAGCAAGAGGAGGAUUUGCAUAUUAGUAUCAUGAAAAGAAGGAUACAUGCACAUUGGGAUCUGAACAUCUCUUUCCGUGAGACCUCUUGCAGCCGGGACAACGAACUCACUUCCUUCAUCUCCAACCUCCACCAGAGUCGCCAGCUCGUUAUGCCAGAGACCCAGAGCCGGUGCGAAUUCAAGAGAAGCAGUUUGGAUGUUGGCUUGGGGGCAGCAGACGAAGUUUUAGGCAAGAGAAGAGCGUGUUCACCCAACAGCAGCAGCGAGUGUCCCCUUGAGAGCAAGAAAUCUCGAAGUGAGUCCCCAAAAGAAAAUUCACACACUCCCUUGUUGGAGGGCGCCGUGACUCAGAUGACCCCCGAGGAGCAUUACAGGAGGAUGAUGUCCGCCCUCAACGAGCAUGGCACCUUCGAGGAGCAGCAGCAACAGCAACAGCGCCUCUACCAGUUGGCCAACAGCAUGGCAGUCCCUAGCCAUAGUGAUCUCCUCCGGGCACGGCAAGAAGUGGCAGCCGCCGCAGUGCGCAACCCCAGCACCAUGGAAGCACACCUCUCUUCUGCCAGUAACUCAUCCAGCCAGCGGAGGAAACAGGGGCUCCCUCAGCACCGGGAUUCACACUUCACAGAGAGGGAGAUGUCCCACCCACCUCCUCUUCUGUCGCCUCAAAAUGCUCCUCACAUUGCAUUAGGCCCACACUUGAGACCCCCCUUUUUAGGGGUACCUUCGGCCUUGUGUCAGACGCCAGGUUACGGGUUUCUACAGCCAGCCCAAGCGGAGAUGUUUGCAAGACAACAAGAGAUGCUGAGGAAGCAGAACCUUGCCAGGCUUGAGAUGUCAGCGGAGAUCAUCCGCCAGAAGGAGUUGGAGAACCUCCACCGCCAGCGGCUCCUGGCCAGCGACCCGAUGAGCUUGCACCCGGGCCUGCCGCCGGACCACCCAGCCCUGCGCAACGUCCACGACAUUCCCGAGGGGCACCCGCUCCGCGAUGAGCUCUCACGGAGGAACGCCAUGUUGGUGCUCCGCCAUAACAACACCCCACUCCUGUCGCUCAACCACGGGGUCCCCAGCGCCUCCACCACCCCGCCCAAGGAACAAGGGAGCCGGAGGGGGAGCCGGAAGUCCACACACCACCGGGCCGAGGCACCUGGCCAGAGCGAAUCCAAAGAGCUGUCCGAGAGCCGCCCCCCAGACGGCAACGAUGAGGAGAUGAAGGACUCUGAGAGCGACGCCGACGUGAGCGAGGAGAAGCUGGACAGCACAAAGGCCGAGAGCAGCAGCCUGGCUGGCGAGCUGAAGGAAUGCAAAGAGGCAGCGAAAGCCUGCGAUGGCGCCAAGGAACUGGGUGAUUUAUCUGCCAGCCAGAGCGCCCCCUGCAGCUCCUCCAGCGCCGAGUCACCCAGCCACCUCCUCGGCCCAGUCAUCAACAAAACCGAGGCAAAAUACCUCCCACCAGCCUCACUUCCACCUCCGCAGCCACUGCCAUUUGGCUUUCCGUACACCAUGAGCCCCUAUUUCCACACAGGCAGCAUGGGAGGUCUCUUUUUGGAUGGUGAAGACAGCCCAGCACUGGAGGAUGUCAGCAAGUGGACGGUGGAGGACGUCUGCAGUUUCGUGGGCAGUUUGUCCGGCUGUGCCGAGUACACUCAGGUCUUCCGGGAACAGGCCAUAGACGGUGAGACUCUGCCCCUCUUGACAGAAGAGCACUUACUGAAUAACAUGGGGUUAAAACUGGGACCCGCAUUGAAGAUAAGGUCACAGGUAGCCAAGAGAGUCGGCCGGGUGCUGUACAUGGCUAGCUUCCCCAUGGGUUUCCCGCUUCAGCCCCCGGGCUUGCGACCCACAGACCGCGACUUGCCUCCCGCUGACCUCCGCCCCUCGUCGACAGGAAGCGUGACCUCCCCAUACGGCAACGCUCUCCUUCCCGCCAGCCGCAUCUCGCCAAAGCAAGAAAAUGGGAACCCUUUGCUGGCCGGCCUCAGCGACACAUCGAAGCCGCCCUCGUAAACUGCACAGCCCCAGGCAGCCAGCC